AGAGUCGGGGCCAAGAUGGCGACAGGGACGGGCAAACACAAACUGCUGAGCACCGGCCCCACGGAGCCCUGGUCCAUCCGGGAGAAGCUGUGUCUGGCCUCCUCCGUCAUGAGGAGCGGCGAUCAGAACUGGGUGUCAGUUAGCAGAGCAAUCAAGCCCUUUGCUGAACCUGGCCGACCUCCUGACUGGUUCUCUCAGAAACAUUGUGCUUCCCAGUAUUCGGAGCUCCUAGAGACCACUGAGACCCCAAAGAGGAAACGUGGUGAAAAGGGGGAAGUGGUAGAAACAGUAGAAGAUGUUAUUGUUCGGAAAUUGACUGCUGAAAGAGUUGAGGAGCUGAAAAAAGUCAUUAAGGAGACACAGGAAAAAUACAGACAACUGAAGAAAGACGCAGAACUUAUCCAAGCUGGACACAUGGACAACCGACUCGAUGAACUGUACAAUGACAUUGCAAUGAAAAAGAAAUUGGAGGAAGAAGAGGCUGAAGUGAAGAGGAAGGCUACAGAUGCUGCAUAUCAGGCUCGACAGGCAGUGAAAACACCUCCUCGGAGGUUACCGAGUGUGAUGGUCCGAUCCCCGGCAGGCUCUGCUUCUCCAGGAGGUGACUAUCCACUGGGCGACUUGGCUCCAUCAACUAUUGAAGAGGCCAGUCCUGGCGUAACCCCUGGGACACUGCCGAGUACCCCAGUUACCUCGUUUCCUGGGAUUCCUGAUACCCCUCCUCCAGGCUCUGCACCCUUAGAAGCCCCCAUGACCCCAGUCACAGAUGACUCACCCCAGAAAAAGAUGCUUGGACAGAAAGCAACUCCACCCCCCUCCCCUCUGCUGUCAGAGCUUUUGAAGAAGGGCAGCCUCCUGCCUACUAGCCCCAGACUGGUCAGUGAGAGUGAGAUGACUGUGGCUUCUGGCCACCUGAACAGUGCAGGUGUUCUCCUCGAGGUAGGCGGGGUCCUUCCUAUGAUGCAUGGAGGGGAAGUGCAGUCAACAGCCAGCACUGUUGCAGCCUCUCCUGCUGCCUCAGGUGCUCCUACUCUUUCCCGGCUUUUAGAAGCUGGUCCUACACAGUUCACCACACCUCUCACUUCCUUCUCUGCUGUUGCCAGUGAGUCUCCAGCUAAACUUCUACCACCCCCUGUAGAGUCCGUACCCCAGGCUACCAUUGUCAUGAUGCCUGCCCUGCCAGCACCAUCCUCUGCUACAGCGGCCGCCACAUCAGAAAGUGUAGUUCCAGUGAGUCAGCCUGACACUCGUGUACCUAUGGAGGCUGUGAGUGAUCAGCAUACCGUGACUGUUUCCAUGGACAGCAGUGAAAUCUCCAUGAUCAUCAAUUCUAUCAAAGAGGAAUGUUUCCGAUCUGGGGCAGCCGAGGCCUCUGGAGGAUCGAAAGCUCCCAGCAUCGAUGGGAAAGAAGAUUUGGACCUGGCAGAGAAAAUGGACAUUGCUGUGUCUUAUACAGGAGAAGAGCUAGACUUUGAGACCGUGGGAGAUAUCAUUGCCAUCAUUGAGGACAAGGUGGAUGACCAUCCAGAAGUCCUAGAUGUGGCAGCUGUGGAAGCUGCCCUGUCAUUCUGUGAAGAAAAUGAUGACCCCCAGUCUCUGCCUGGCCCUUGGGAGCAUUCUCUUCAACCGGAGCAGGAGAAGUCAAUCCCUCCUACCCCCGCAGACAUGACAGUCAAGCAGGAGAGGCUUGACUUUGAGGAACAAGAGACCAAGGGAAUCCGUGAUCUGGUGGACAUUGUGGAACCAAGUGCUGAGGUCAAGGUUGAACCAGCAGAGCCGGAGCCCAGUCAUCCCAGCCCUGAAGUACCAGCUGGAGUUGUUAUAACAGCAAAUGCAGAGCCACCUGAGCUUAGAAGUCAAGAUGUAGAAGAAGAACCCAGAGGUGCCGCUGCUGCCACCACUGCUGCCGCCGCCGCCGCCGCCGCUGCUGCAGAGAUUCCUGAAGUGGAGACCUUGAUUGGGAAAGUUGAUGAGACAGCACAUCCUGCAGUGAAGAUAGAGGCCUCUCCUGAAAAUAUGAUGUCUCUCCCACAUGGUCAAAAUCCCCGUGAAGACCCUUCAGAGACAGAUAAUCAGCACAAGUUUGAGUUGUCAGAUUCGUUGAAAGAAGAAUCAGGAACUAUUUUUGGAAGCCAGCUAAAGGAUGCCCCAGGUGAGGAUGAUGAUGAAGAUGGGGCCAGCGAAGCAGCCAGCCUAGAAGAACCCAAGGAGGAAGACCAGGGAGAGGGUUAUCUGUCUGAAAUGGACAAUGAGCCUCCUGUGAGCGAGAGUGAUGAUGGCUUUAGUAUUCACAACGCUGCUCUCCAGUCCCACACUUUAGCAGACUCCAUCCCCAGUAGCCCUGCAUCGUCACAGUUUUCUGUUUGCAGUGAGGAUCAGGAAGCGAUUCAGGCCCAGAAGAUAUGGAAGAAGGCCAUCAUGCUGGUAUGGAGGGCUGCGGCCAAUCACAGGUAUGCCAAUGUCUUCUUGCAGCCUGUCACAGAUGACAUAGCACCUGGCUACCAUAGCAUUGUACAGAGGCCGAUGGAUUUGUCGACCAUCAAGAAGAACAUUGAGAAUGGGCUAAUAAGGACAACAGCUGAGUUCCAGCGAGACAUCAUGCUGAUGUUCCAGAAUGCCGUGAUGUACAAUAGCUCGGAUCAUGAUGUCUACCACAUGGCCGUGGAGAUGCAGAGGGACGUUCUGGAGCAAAUCCAGCAAUUCCUGGCCACACAGCUGAUCAUGCAGACAUCUGAGUCUGGAAUCAGUGCCAAAAGCCUUCGAGGGAGGGAUUCUACCCGCAAACAGGACGCUUCAGAGAAGGACAGUGUCCCCAUGGGCUCUCCUGCCUUCCUUCUCUCUCUCUUUGAUGGGGGCACAAGAGGGCGCCGCUGCGCCAUCGAAGCCGACCUGAAGAUGAAGAAGUGAGGCUUUAGAUCAGCUUCUUUCUGUGUGGAAGCCAGGAGAAAAGAAGAGAGAAGAGGAGGAGCUUGGGCUUGUUGGCCUUGCUCCCAGAGCGGAACAAGAGGCAUCUGGGCGAUCGUGCACAGGCCAAGGAAACGUCUGGGAGAGGCAGUGCCCUCAGCGGGACUGCCCGUUUUAGGGCAGAAGUGAUGACCUGUGUUUGUGUCCCCGUGUGUAGCUAGCGAUUGUGGCUAGUUUGUACUGUCAUGUGAAGUGUACAGCCUUUUUUAAACCUGUCAAGUGUCUGUGUAUACAAUAAACUCUAGAAGAACGAAAACCCUA